GAUGCCGCGUUGGGUCAAAAAGCUCUCGCUGACGUGGGCGGAAGAGUUUUCGCAAGCUUCCGCGUAGUGAGUGGUUUAUCAGGAAUCGAGCAGCUUAGGGAAGAUUUCUGCAUCUGAGUGGCUGAGCACAGGGACAAGAUGGAAGGAGACUUGCUGCUGCUGCAUGUCGCUAAUUUCAGCACGUUAUUGGUGUGCAUGGUGCUGAAACUGCCCCAGAUUGUGGUGCUGAUGAGGGCGAAGGCGACCAAUGGAGUGAGUGUGACCAGCCUGCUGCUGGAGCUGACCGGGUUUAUAGUGUUUGUCUCCUAUCAGAUGUACUAUGAUUAUCCUCCUCCUACGUACCUGGAGUAUCCCAUCCUCAUUGCACAAGAUGUGAUCCUGCUGAUUCUCAUCCUGCACUAUAAUAGAAACAUGAAGCACAGUCUCAUCUAUGCAGUUGUGUUUGUAGGCGGCUGGAAACUGCUCACCAUGGAGAAAUGGAUCAUCGACACGGCCAUGAGUGUGUGUACGCUCAUCAGCGCGGGCAGUAAACUCCUGCAGCUUCAGUGUCUGUGGAGAUCCAAAGACUCGGCGCAGGUCAGCACUUUAACCUGGGCGUUAGCGUCGUACACGUGUAUGGCGAGGAUCUUCACCACAAUGGUGACUACUGGAGACACUCAGGUUCUGAUCCGCUUCAUGGCCAUGGCGGUUCUGAACGUGUGGGUGACGGCCACGGUGAUCUACUACAAACCCAGCACCAAGAAACGUGACUGAGACUGAGUGAUUCUGACAUCACUUCCUGUCACGUAGAAAUGUCGUUCGCUUGGUAUGAAUGUUAGAAUAGGUGUGCGAGUGAGUUAGUGAAUGAAAUAUGCAACGUACCAAGGACCAACACUCUUAACUGAACCAGCACAGCUUGGAGCUGAUUGGUUAGUUCCUUUUUUUUUUAUCUUUUUAAUUCCUUAUGAAUAACAUGUUAUACAGUUACUGAUCACCUUUAACGCUUCUUGACUCAGGGUUCUGGUUUAUUCUUUCUUUUCACUUUAAUAUUGCCUUACAGCAGUAUUUGGAUGAAUAUAUAUAACAAUAUCAGCACCUCGUUAUUAACAGUUCUCCAGCAGUAACAUUAAUAAGUGUAUACAUUUUGUACAUCCUCUGAGGAAAUAGGAGAAUUAAUGGUGUCUAAUGUGCCACCACACACUUCUGAAACAUUCCCAUUAGGCUUUUGUGAACUUUCCUCAAAACUUUGUAGGUAAUUCUUUCAUUUUUAAUACUUCUGUUAAUCUUAGCUUUAUAUUGUAUGCAGAUGGAGUAGAGUUAACUUUUGUAAAAACUAGCUGGACCAAACUUCUAUAAAUAUACAGUGUUUACAUUUACAGUGGAAGGAUGUACACAAUACUAUAUUUUUAAAAAACGUUCAUAUCCAAGCUAGAUAGAUUGUGCUAUAAUGUCAUUUAGUAUUUGCUGAAAUGAGUUUUGUCUUCCAGACUGGGUCUGAAAAACUCAAAAAUAAUUAUAUCCAAAGAAGCAA